GGAUGGGUUUACUGUCAAUUCUGCGCAAACUGAAGAGUGCACCAGACCAGGAGGUGAGAAUCCUCCUCCUGGGACUAGAUAAUGCAGGCAAGACCACACUCCUGAAACAGCUGGCAUCUGAAGACAUCAGCCACAUCACACCGACACAGGGCUUUAACAUUAAAAGUGUACAGUCUCAAGGGUUUAAGCUGAACGUGUGGGACAUUGGUGGACAGAGGAAGAUCAGGCCGUACUGGAGGAACUAUUUUGAAAACACUGAUGUUCUUAUCUACGUCAUUGACAGCGCCGAUAGAAAAAGGUUUGAAGAAACAGGUCAGGAGCUGGCCGAGCUCUUGGAUGAAGAAAAGCUCAGCGGAGUCCCUGUGCUCAUAUUUGCUAACAAGCAAGAUUUGCUUACGGCUGCCCCUGCUUCGGAGAUUGCUGAGGGACUGAAUCUACACACGAUCCGUGACAGAAUCUGGCAGAUCCAGUCUUGUUCAGCCCUCACAGGAGAAGGCGUGCAGGACGGCAUGAACUGGGUCUGCAAAAAUGUCAAUGCAAAGAAGAAAUAGCCCCCCCUCCCGAGCUGCAUGGAAAUGGAGGAGCUGUGGAAGCUGAAUUCUAUCCUGGAAGCACUCGUUUGCUGCUUUCUGACCAAAUGUUUUUUCCAUCUGUGCCGAGCUACAGCUGUUAAAAAAAGGGAACAACAACAGUUAAACCCACUGCUGGAAUUGGACCUUUACCUGCUCUUUAGUACAGUUAUUUUUCCCAAUAAAGGAAUUGUACUUGCCCCCCCUCUGUAUAAAUAGUAUUAACUGUCUCCACACUCAUCUGGUUAGAAAAUGUGAUUUUAAACAAGAGGAAGCUUGUGAUUCAGGUUAGAGAAUUCCAGUGGGCUAGGGGCUUGGGCUUUGGCUUCUGCAGAGCCACUCUAGUCACAGCAUGCCCUGCCCCCACUGGUUCCACCGUCAUCCUGGCCAUUCUCAGAUGGCAGGCAAAGCUUUUCCCCAGUGACAAAUCAGGUGUUGUUUCGGUAGCAAGUGUGGGUCGUUAAAAGACGCAUGUCAUUUUGUAUAAGGUGGGUAGAAUUCUCAUGUCAUUCCUUGCCCCCGGUAGCCCUAAAAAGAACCUUCAUCUUAACCAGACACAGCAGUGACACCGCACCCCUCCCUAGAAGUGGGAGAGGCGCAUGUAUGUAUAACCCAAGCUCUUGACAGUUUGAAGGCAAGGGGGUGGGGGGUAGCUUUUCCUCCAGCUAAAGUAAAACGCAGGCCACCUCACGCUGGCAUAUAUGCGGUUAUCCAUGUUCAGUGCAAGGGUGGGCGGUUAUAUUUUUGAGAGUGGCCUUAGUAUUCCACAAACCCUGGCCAUCGAGGUAACUGUGCAGCGAAGCUCAGUUAAUUCCAGGUUUCAGUUCCUAGAACAAGGUAAAACCGCUCCCACUUUUUUCUUUUUUGAACACACAGUGUAUUUUCUGCCUUCUCUAAAAUCGUUCAGUUCAGGAGGUGCACUGGGGCUUGUGGGGUGAAAAUCUACAAUUGCUUUGUGGUGGGGAUAGCUUUCUGCAGUUGAUCCUAGGUGUCAUGAGGCUGGAGCCAUGAAACGGCCACUGUUGGAAAGAAUCUCCCAGUUUAGAAUGACUCCCUUGUAUGGUUAGGGAUUGGAAUAAUGGCAGAUGGGAAGCGGGAAGGAAAAAGCUUGCCCUAAGAUGAUGAUUCGUUUUCCCUUGGCUGACAAAUCCUACAGCUUCUUCAGUCUAAAUGGAUGUGUCAGAGGAGAGGAGAGGGGAGAGGAGAGAGGAGGUGCUAACUGGUAGGAAGGGAAGGGUGCUUGUCAUUUCUAGGUCCCCAGUUCAAAUCCAGCCCAAGUUGACAGGGACUAAGAGUCACUGGCCCCUGAAAGCAGCUGCGUCCAGUGCAAAAAGCAUCUGCUGGCUCUCAGUCCAGCUAGUUUUUAGCAUGCAGAUUUACAGAUUGUUUAAAAAAAAAAAAUCCACCAUCCUGAUUGGCAGCGUUGCCUGCAGCCUGAGCAUGAAGGCCAAAGAAUGACCACAGCCGUGCCCUGCCCUCUCAUUGCUAGGAGACGGCUUGGCGGGCAGUGUGGGAAAAGGUUGCCCUGCCUGUACCCUGGUGAUCCUGCUUUCUGGAGAGCCAGAGUACAUCUGUCUCCAAACCCAGAAGGAGAAUGGUGUGGAGAUUGAAGUGAUCUAGCCCCAGUUUAAAAACCAAAAGACUGGGGAAUAAAACAGGCUCAAGUGAAUUCCUAAGCGAUAGCUAAAUACGCAAAGGGACAUGGUUACAGCUUCGUGCAGAAUGAGCAAGGCGGCAGCAUAAGACAUGCAGGCAGAUCCGUUUAAAAUCAGCUUGUUCAGUAACUCUCACCUCCAGCUGCAGUACCUUACCCGGAACCCCAGGAAUCUUUGCAGCACAUGUUCCCAGGGGCUACUCGGAGUAACGCAUCCCAGCAUGUGUCUGAAAGGUCGCGUUUGCUUUGUUGUUAAUGCAUCCGCCUGCUGUAAACAAUCGCAGCUCUCUUACAAAGAGCGAGGUUGUGCUGUUUAAGAGGCUAAAUGCAAAGCUUCAGAAUAUGGGCUCCCAGCCUUGAAAUACGUCACCUUUGCUGCAUUGAAAGUGUAAUGUUUCUGAAAUGCUUCCGGACCCCUAAACGUCAACAGUUUAAAAAAAAACCCACACUCCUGUGACCUUAGCUCCCUGCCACUUUAAAAGAGCCUUGAGUUAGGCUCUUCCCUUCUCUUUGAUCACGUCUUUAACAAGCAGAAAAACUAUACUGCCGCGUUUCUUUUCAGCUAAGAAGCAGUUGAUAAUGUGUGUCGCAAUGAACUGUUUGCAUUUGAAAAGAUUUUCUGUUUUUUCCAUAGUCAGACAUAUAGACACUUGGAAAUUAUAUUUUUUUAAAUUUUUCUUGUAGUCCCAACGUUGAAGGGGGAAAUUGACUUUAUUGGUCAUUGAGUCCAGAAAUGGCUUGCUGGAUCAAUAGAUAUAUAUGCCUGCAUGUAGAGAUGCUUGCUUACAUCUUUGGUGCGGGCAUCUACUCACACAAUGCUCCCUGCUAAAAUCCAGGAGACACAAGUAAUCAAUCCGUUCAGGCAAUAAUGGAGAGAAUGUGAUAGUGUGAGGGGCUACCAGAGUUUUAUUUCCAUGUGUGUAGGGGAACUUAAGUAGAUCAUCCCAUACUGAUGACCAUAAACUUUCCCUUUGUGGUAAACAAGCCUCCAUGCAUCCACCGGGUGGGAAUUAAAAAGUACUUGAGAGACAAUUCACCUGCCAUCUCUUAUUUUAAUAUAUUUACAGUCCAUUCAACCCUGAUCAGCUAAGCAAAGCGUCUCUCCUCCCUCAACACCACCUGUCUAAACACAAAGCAUAAGACGGGUUACAACCAUCCGGAACACCUGCCAUCGUUGGGAAAAAAAAAUCUUCAUCGCACCGCCAGGGUCACAUUCAAUUUAUGCCAAUUAUGGUGUUUAGGUUUUGUCCUUCUGAUUCUGUCUGCUUUUUCCCCUUUUAAGGAAGUUUCUAUGGAAACAAACUGUCUCAUUGACAUGGGUGGAGCUUAUUCAUAGAUUUUAUAGCUUCAUAGAUUUCAAGGCCAGAAGGGCCCAUUACGAUCAUCUAGUCUGACCUCCUAUAUAACACAGACCAUUAAAUCCCACCCAGUAAUUUCUACAUCAAGCUCAAUGACUUGUGAUUGAAGUAGAAUCUCUCUUUUAGAAAGACGUCAAACCUUGAUUUAAGGACUCCAGGUGACAGAGAAUCCACCACAUACCUUAGAAGGUUGUUCCAAUGGUUAAUUACCCUCACUUUUAAAAACGUGCAUCUUAUUUCCUGUUUGAAUUUGUCUGGCUUCAACUUCCAGAUAAUGCCUUUGUCUGAUAGAUUAGAGAGCCUUCUGCUAGCUCUGUCUGGGUUCUUAGAAGGGGAAAGAUGGUGUAAUGGUUAAAGCUCUGGAUGGAACAUCAAUAGUUCUGGGAUAACACUGGCUUGAGACAUACUAAGUUCUCCUUUUACCCAUUUUCCAACUAUGUUCUGUGCACAUUCGGGAUUUUUGUAUUCUUUCUAGUUGCAAGUGAUCACUGUGCUUUCGUUAUUAAAUAUAUUUGUAUGAAAAUAGCACCCACUAGCCUCAUUCAGGAUCACACCCCAUUGCGCUAGGGCUCCGUACAAACCAUAUACAAAGAUGCAUUUUCUUUCCCUGGAGAGCACACAGGCUAAGCUGUCCAAUUCUGUCUUAUUUCAGGAUAUAAUCUGGCCCAUCCACGCUCUAUAGUUUGUUCCUUUUUUGAAUUUGCUCAAAAGGGGUAUUUGCAAUAUUUGGUCAUGUUGUAAAAUUCAGUGUAUAAUUUAGAUGUCUUUGUCAAUAAAUAAAAAUUUAG